CGUCUGCACCACAACAGUCAUCAGAGAGACAAAGAAACAAGCUGCCUCUGAAAGAGUCAAAAUCAAUCAUGAAGGUACUUGUGGUUCUCGCUUUUGCUGUUUUCUCUGGUUGCAACGCCAACAUCCUGUGGCAGGAUGCACCCAAGAGCAACCUGGAGGUGGUCAAAGAUGCUUUCUGGGACUACGUUGCCAAAGCAACAUUCACAGCUGAGGACUCACUGAAGCAGAUCAGACAGUCUGAGCUGGGACAGGAAGUCAAUACCAGGAUCGCUCAGAGCUCUGACAUGGUGAACCAGUAUGUGGUCGCUCUUCGUUCUCAGGUGGCUCCUCUGUCUCAGGACUUCAUGACUCAGUUCAACCGGGAGGUCGAGGACCUGAAAGCCCGCCUGGAGAAAGACCUGGUCUCUGUGGGUGAGAACGUGCAGCCCUAUGCUCAGGAAGUGGUGGCUAACAUUCAGAAGCAUGUGGAGGGCCUGAAGAAGGACGUCGCCCCCUACGUUGACUCCAUGGACCCAGAGGCGCUGAAGACCAUCCUGCUGCAGAAGAGCCAGGAGCUUAAGGAGCAGCUGGACAAGAGCGCUGAUGAGCUGCAGGCCCAGAUGACUCCCUACACACAGGAGAUGAGGCAGAAGAUGGAGCAGAGCGUGGAGGAGUUUCAGAAGACCAUGAUGCCCAUGGCUCAGAGCUUUGAGACCCAGCUGAGCCAGAAAGCCCAGGAGCUCCAGCAGAACCUGGCUCCAUAUGGAGAGGAGCUGAAGGCCAAGCUGGAAGCCAGCGCUCAGGACGUGCAGGCUCAGCUGGCUGCCCUGUGGGAGACCUUCUCCAAGAUGACCCAGUAAACCACUGCUACAUCCUGAUUCUCCACGACUAAUAUUUAUUUCCAACUCCAGCCAACGUUCCACCUCCUGUUUAUUUUGUUCAAUAAAACCUAACAAAUCGA